AUGGUCGUAGAUGUAAACCAUUCUAUAUAUUAAAUUUUAAUCUUUAUUAGCAGAUGGGCUUGGCCGUAAUGUUCAUGAGGUCACAAAGGGCCUUCAAGGGUUUAUCCUACGACACUCCCUGCGGAUACUUGAACAGCUGAGAUAAUUUGAUUGCCAAGUGCCUUUAAACCCUACUUUAGUCCUUAUUCGGACCCUACUGCCAUGAACAUCCGAAGUAUUGGGAUGUAGGACGCCUCCUCCUUACUUUUACAGCUCGGUGUUGAGGGGCGGACAAUAGAUUUCUGCCGCUCUGCUUUGGGUGAUUGGAAAGUAGCUUGAUCCUGCGAGAAAAAACAUGGAGUUUAAUGAAUAGUGAGUGCCUGCCCUCAGAAAGGAAAGGAAAAACUUUAAUUCUUUGUCCAGGCCGCAACCCUUAUAUCACGGUAAGAUCCACAUUCGGGCCCUGAAGGACAUUGCCAGCUUACCUCUUUCCAACUACAGGAACUAAGACAGAGUCUAUCCAUACAAACACAAGUCCUUAUCUGGCCUGUCUCUCAACUCGUAAUCGCUCAGUUCACUUUGGCCAUAAGCUUAUAAAAUAAAGUCAAGAGGUCGGGUGCGCAUAGGUAGCAUUAUAUAUACAUAAAACCAUUCUAUAUCAAUGAGUGCUUUUAAUCGCUUGGGAAGGCUUCUUUAUGAUAUUGGCUUAUGCUCAGACUAUGCUCAAUCUAUUGAAAAGCUGACAUCUUCAAAAUAUUCACAAUCAUCUCUAGAAGAAAAUUUAGAAUUUUUUGCCUCGAUUAUGCUUGAUCUUGAGAAUAUUCAAAAGCAUUUAUUAGAUGAUUUCAGUAAAUGGUCAUACUGCUCAAAUUCAGAAAUUUUAGUUAAAUCGUAUAUUCCUAUAUGGCUAUUUCACGAAAAUCAAUAUGUUAUAGCUUAUGAUAAUCUAUAUGACACUGUUUCAAGAUUUAUUGGUAACCCCCACAAAAUAUAAGAAAAAAUAUUUAUUUAUGGGAAAUUCAACCCUAUGGUUAGCGAGAAAAAAAAUGUUUUAUAUAUACAAUUUUUAUGCAGAAUAUAUAAUAAAUGCUUAGAAAAUGAGAUUUUAACUAUUAAAAUAUAAAUUAAAUUAUAUUUUCAUUUCAAAUAUAUAAAAUCAAAUUUUUAUAUAAUUUUUUUGAAAAAAAAUUAAUCCCAGUGGUCAAGAUUUUUGCACAGGUACCAAAGAGGGAAGUAACGGAAACUCAUUCAUAUCAGAAAUAAAAUCAAAUUUAACUCAUGAAGAUAAUGCAAAAUUUUUAAUGAUAAAUGGAAUAGGAUAUUCGUGAGACUAUUUAAAUAUGACAAUGACUGGAAUAGUAGAUUGUGAGAUAAAUAGGGUGAAAUCUACUGGAAUAAAUAUAAAAGUGCUUUUAUAUGUGGGGCUUUCGACGCUAGGAAUUUUGGUUUUAAUUGUUACUGGAUUUAUAACUAUUGUUUCAAGAAAACAUGAUGAAUAUUGAAAUUUUAUUUUAAAUAACGCACAAUCAUCACUUGCUAAAUUAAAAAUAGCUUGUAUUGAUAGGCUUAUUACAGCUCACGGAAUAGAUUAUGCAUCUGAAACAACUUUAAAUUCACAGAAAAAUAUUAGCCCAUACCUCAAUAAAAUAAUAUUUUUUAGCUAUUAAAAAGAUAAUUUAUUUUUUUUUUAUUAAUUAAAGAAUGAUUUUAUUUUUUUUUUUUAUUAAAAAAAAGAAUGAUUUUUAUUAUCAUUAAACUAAAUAUUUUUAUGAGAUUUCUGAUAAAAGUUUUAAUAAACAUAAUUUUAAAUUAAAAUCUACAUUUUUCAGCUGAAGUAAGAGAAGAAUAAAAACAAAAAAUUAUGUAGGAUAUACAUGAAGACUGAUAAUCUUUUUAGCAACAGGCGCAUCUUAUUAUUUAUUAUUACACUUAUAUUUAUACCCUAAAUGUGAAACUAUGAUGAUUAAUAGACCAAAGUUUAUUAACACCUUCAACCUUAAGCGAUCUCUUCUAUCAAGGCUGCUUAUUUUUUCAAGAGACGUCUAUUCCCCUUAUUUUAUUAAAAUUUUCAACACUAACUAUGCAUUUCCUAGCUCAAAAAUAAUGUUUGAAAAGACAGCAGACGACAUAUACAAGGAAGUCCAGCUCUUAAAAAAGCGUGACUUUCUCGAUUUAAUGUCUGAUGAGCUAAAAACAAUGGCUUUUGAAAAAGAUAUGAACUCUACAUUAGAUUUUUCUCAAUAUGGGGUUGAGAGCGCUAUUUUGGGCUUAGUUAAUGAGAUUGUUAGUCUUUCUCAUAUUAAAAAUAUGCCAAGUUUUGUCCUUCAGAUUUUGGCUACGUAUUCUGUAGCUAUACAAACAGAAAUUGGACAAGAAUUUGAUUUAGCUGAUAGAGAUUCGAAAAGGUUGAUAGAGGAUCAGCUGAAGAUUAUUAUUGACGUUAUGAUUAUUUAUGUAUCAGCUAUGUGCGCACUAUUUUUCUUUUAUUAUUUGCCAUAUUUGAAUUACCAGAUAAGUAAAUUGAAGAGAUUUGCAAUAUUACCGAUAAUUUUGUCAAUGGAAGCAGAUAAGAAUAUUUAA